GGAAGUGAAACUCACACAGUCACUGCAACUUAGAGCAGAAAUGGAGCAGAAUCAGCUCGACCGAGAAACUUUCUCCUGUUUGAUCUGUCUGGAUCUACUGAAGGAUCCGGUGACUACUUCCUGUGGUCACAGCUACUGUAUGAACUGUAUUAAAACCCACUGGGAUGAAGAGGAUCAGAAGAGGAUCCACAGCUGCCCUCAGUGCAGGGAGAGGUUCAUACCGAGGCCAGUGCUAAAGAAGAACACCAUGCUAGCAGCUUUAGUGGAGCAGCUGAAGAAGACUGGACUCCAAGCUGCUCCUGCUGACCACUGCUAUGCUGGACAUGAAGAUGUGGCCUGUGAUUUCUGCACUGGAAGAAAACUGAAAGCCAUCAAGUCCUGCUUGGUCUGUCUGGCCUCUUUCUGUGAGAAACACCUUCAACCUCAUUAUGAUUCAGCUGCUUUUAAGAAACACAAGCUGGUGGAGCCGUCCAAGAACCUCCAGGACAACAUCUGCUCUAAGCAUGAUAAGUUGUUGGAGAUCUUCUGCCGCACUGAUCAGAAGUGUAUCUGUUAUCUCUGCACCAUGGAUGAACAUAAAGGUCAUGACACAGUCUCAGCUGCAGCAGAAAGGACUGAGAGGCAGAGAGAGCUGGAGGAGAGACGAGGAAACAUCCAGCAGAGAAUCCAGGACAGAGAGAAAGAUGUGAAGCUGCUUCAACAGGAAGUGGAGGCCAUCAAUCACUCUGCUGAUAAAGCAGAGGAGGACAGUGAGAAGAUCUUCACUGAGAUGAUCCGUCUCCUCCAGAAAAGAAGCUCUGAGGUGAAGCAGCAGAUCAGAUCCCAGCAGGAAACUGAAGUGAGUCGAGUCAAAGAGCUUUUGGAGAAACUGGAGCAGGAGAUCCCUGAGCUGAAGAGGAAAGACGCUGAGCUGGAGCAGCUCUCACACACAGAGGAUCACAACCAGUUUCUCCUCAACUACCCCUCACUGCCAGCACUCAGUGAGUCUACACACUCAUCCAGGAUCAACAUCCGUCCUCUGAGAUACUUUGAGGACGUGACAGCAGCUGUGUCAGAGCUCAGAGAGAAACUACAAGACGUCCUGAGAGAAUCAUGGACAAACAUCUUACUGAUGGUAUCUGAGGUGGAUGUUCUACUGUCGGAACCAGAACCAAAGAGCAGAGCUGGAUUCCUAAAAUGUUCAUGUGAAAUCACUCUGGAUCCAAACACAGUACACAGAGAGCUGGGACUAUCAGAGGGGAACAGGAAGGUGACACUGAUAAGUCAAAGUCAGUCCUAUUCUAGACAUCCAGACAGAUUCACUGGAUGUUAUCAAGUUCUGAGUAGAGAAAGUCUUACUGGACGUUGUUACUGGGAGGUGGAAUUGAAUCGGUUUCAGGUUUGUAUAUCAGUCGCAUACAAGAAUAUCAGCAGAGCAGGAUGGAGGAAUGAAUGUGGAUUUGGAUUUAAUGACAAAUCUUGGGUAUUACACUGUUCCAAAAACAGUUUUAAAGUUGGUCACAACAACAUCUGGACCCCCAUCUCAGGUCCAGUUUCCUCCAGAGUCGGAGUGUACCUGGAUCACAGAGCAGGUAUUCUGUCCUUCUACAGCGUCUCUGAAACCAUGACUCUCCUCCACAGAGUCCAGACCAGAUUCACUGAACCGCUACUGGCUGGAGUUGAUGUUGGUUACACUGAGGACUCAGCAGUGUUUUGUAAACUCAGAUAGAUUUUCUUUCUUCUCUCUGAUUGCUGAUCAGGGUUCAUUGUUCUGAUGUCUCGGCUCUGCUGUUCUUUAGUUUUCCGGUUUAAAUGUAAUUUAAUCUAUAAAGCUGCUAAUGUUUUCUUUCAUUCUGUUAUGACAGAAAAAUGUCUCCACAUGAAAAUCUAAAUUUGUUUAGGCUUUAAUAGUUUUGCCUUAAUAUUUGUAUUGAUGUAUUUUGUCUAGCGUAAAGUGCUAAUAUCUUAUUACACUUCAAAGAAAGACUCAACUAACGUACAAGUAACUUUUCAGUUCUUUGUGUUAAAGAAGCCAUAAAGAUAACCACUGCUGAUGUUUUCUUUCAUUAUUAUGUGAUACAGAAAUGUUUCUACAAAUAAAAAUCUGAA